UUUGAAGUCUGUGGCCGUGGAGCGGAGCCACGCGGAGAGGAGCAGGAGUGAGGCAGGCUUUCCGAUUUGACGAGGCGUUUCCCUUGCUAUAGACCAGCUGUCCUGCUCAAUCUGCCAAAAAAGAAGACGGGUGGUGGGGAGCAGAGGCAGUGAGAGGAGCAGCUAACCCGCGACAUGCCUGCGGAGAUCAACGCGACCAGCCUCCCCGGAAAAGAAAUGGAAACGUGGGACAAUAAACCAAAUGCUGCAGUCAUUGGAGGUGUCAUCGCAGCCGUGGUGCUUGUUCUGGUUUGUCUGCUCGCCGUAAUCCUCCGGUAUCUUUACCGUCACAAGGGCACCUACCACACUAAUGAGGCCAAAGGAACCGAGUUUGCAGAAAAUGCGGACGCCGCCCUUAAAGCCGACCCCACAUUAAAGGAGGCUGUGGACGAGAGCAAGAAGGAGUACUUCAUCUGAGUGGAACCCCUCGGCCUGUACACCCGGUGCUUUUCUUGUGUUUAUGUAUAUAAAAGGACAUGGUGGGAAAUAACCACAGGGGGCCGGGGGAUGAAAACAAGGUCUGCCUGGCAUGUGUAUUGAUGCUAAAUAACGUUUCACGCUAAAUGCUAAUUUCACCUUCCUCCAAAACGAGGCAGUCGGGUAUUUCCAGUUCUUUUAGUUAAAGCAACAGGAUCAGUUUUUAAAUGGUAAUUCCUUUCAGUUGUUCCACUGCUAAAGAAAACAGACGUAAAAAGCCCUUAAACCGUUGACAUCUCUCUGUUUAAAAUGUAAAGAGCAGUCAAAUAGUAACGGCAGGAAGGAACUGCUGUAUAUAUCUUCAAAGUCAUGGUUGUAAUUAAAAAAAAGAAAAUUAAGCGAGAGUACUUGGAUUGUGGCACAACGGCCACUGAGCCUGACGUAUUUAUACCGCGGCAGUCUUGUAUAAGAGCUCCACACAUGAGCGAGCAGAUCCUGAAGAAAACGCUUUCUUUACGUUGCCUUAAUGUGUAAGACAUUUUUUUUUUUUUUUAACUACUUACGUAUAAUCGUAUAUACUAACAAAAUGUGUAUUUUUAACAUUUAAUGUGUUAAAUAGUGUAUACUUUUAAAUAGUCUUAAUUGAUGUGUAAAGGCAAACCAGUCAGGCCAUAUGAACGUCACAUUAAUCAUGGAGAUCAUUUGUAAAGUUACCAAAGAUGCAAAGUAAAUAAAUGGACUUCUGAUUCUUAAAUAUGAAAGUGCAGGUGGCGAUUGGAUGGAUUAAAAAAUCAAAUUGCAUACCCCUGCUGCUUCCUUGGAUGUGACAGUCUUAAAGCACCAAAAAUUCAAACAUAUAUUUUAUACAGUGUUUCAGGGAGGGUUUUUUAAACCUAUUAUUUUCAUAAAUGUAUAAAUAUGUACACUAUAUACAGUAUACGCAGCUUGUGUGUUUUUAAUAAACCUAACUGUGUUUGUGGCCAAUAAAA